UUUACCGAAUACAUAUACUCUUCCAAUUCGAAAGAAAGAACAGAAUUUAUAGAUAAAGUUUUUAGAUGUAAUUAGAUGGAGAAUGCAGUAACCCUGAAUUUAGACUGCAAAAUUACAUUGAGAUGGCAAUCCUCAAUUAAUAGUGACAACAAAAAAUCGAUUCUCAUCCAAACCCACUUCCCAAAAUCAACCAGGCAUUGUUGCUGUCUAUCCUCUCUUAGCUCAUCACCGUCAACACCGCGGCGGCCGCCGGAUGGUUGCUCUUCCAAAACCCAUACCACGCUUCUUGUUGAGACUUACCAUCACCACCGGAGGCUCAGGGCUUUAAUUGAAAAGCUGGAGAAGGAGGGCUCUUGCCCUAUGCAAAUACUUGGAGAUGAUGGAGAUUGGACCAAAAAUGAUUUCUGGGCUGCAGUUAAAUUUCUCAGGCAUGCCUUCAGAUCCAAUGAAAUCCUCCAGGUUUUUCGUAUGUGGAAGAACAUAGAGAAAUCAAGAAUCAAUGAAUUGAACUAUGAAAAGAUCAUAGGAUUGUUCUGUGAAGAAAGAAUGGUGGAAGAAGCGGUCGAGGCACUACAAGAAAUGGAGGGUUACGGUCUUCGACCUUCUUUGGAGAUUUACAACUCAAUAAUUCAUGCUUAUGCCAAGAAUGGAAAGUUCAAUGAUGCUUCGUUCUUUCUCAAUGAGAUGAAGGAAAUCGGUUUGGAACCCGAAACAGACACAUAUGAUGGGCUAAUUGAAGCGUAUGGAAAAUAUAAACGUUAUGAUGAUAUUGGUGCGUGCUUGAAGACAAUGGAAUUGGAUGGGUGCUCGCCUGACCAUUUUACCUACAAUUUGCUUAUCCGUGAGUUUUCUCGUGGUGGGUUGCUCCAGAAAAUGGAACAAGUUUAUCGAGUCAUGAUCUCAAAAAAGAUGAAUUUGCAGCCUUCUUCUUUGGUCGCAAUGCUUGAAUCGUAUGCAAACUUUGGGAUUCUAGAUAAGAUGGAGAAGGUUUAUCGAAAGGUUGUGAACUCAAGUUCUCUAAAGGAGGAUACUGUUAGGAAAUUAGCCAAUGUUUAUAUCAAGAACUACAUGUUUUCGAGGUUAGAUGAUCUGGGUAUUGAUCUUUCUUCACGAACUGGUAGAAAUGAUCUCGUUUGGUGUUUGCGGCUCCUUUCUCAUGCUUGUCUUUUGAGCCGAAAAGGGAUAGAUUCUGUAAUCCAAGAGAUGGAUGAAGCAAAAGCUUUAUGGAAUGUAACAAUAGUGAAUAUUAUCUUGCUAGCUUAUUUGAAGAUGAAAGAUUUCACUCAUUUGAGAAGUUUACUUUCUCAAUUACCAAGCCGUCAAGUAAGACCCGAUUUAACCACUGUGGGGAUUCUAUUCGAUGCUAUUGAGAUCGGAUUUGAUGGGGCCAAAACUUUAGAGACAUGGAGAAAGAUGGUUCUUUACAGAGCCGUAGAAUUGAACACCGAUCCGCUGGUUCUCACUGCAUUUGGAAAGGGACAUUUUCUUAGAGAUUGCGAAGAGGCAUAUACAUCCCUUGAACCUAAAGCCAGGGACAAGAAGACACGGACAUAUCACCAACUUAUCGAUUUAGUAAUUAAACACAAAGCAAAGCAAUCGUAGAGCAAAAUUGUCCGAUGAAGUCCGGCAUAAGGUUCAAUUAAGCCACCUUGAGACAGAUGUUGUUCCUUAUCAGAUUUAGUUUUACUCGACCAGUAUUUCAUCCUUUGUAUUGUGCUUAAGCUGUCGUUACUGGUAUUAGCAUGCCUCCUUGUUGAGCAAUGCAUAUUACUGAUAGGCUUCCGGUUC